AUGGCGCCGCCAAUAGAUUACCGCCUGGCCAGGGCGAGCGCAUCCGGUCGACAGCUAGCUGUCCUCUCACCCCAGAGAAAACGGCUAGCCCUCCUCGACGCAUUCAUGGGCUACGUUGCGACCUUUCUGGUCCACGGACGCCAGCCGCGGGCAGCGGCAUACAACACGCAUCGGCGCGGCUACCCACAUCCGCAGCAACGAAUGAGGCGCGCCAAGGAGGACAUAGUGCGGCCGACAGCUCUGUCCCCAGCAGCGACCGCAGCCCAGCUCCCAUUGCCACGCCUAGUACCUCUGCCCAUGACUUCGUCGGUGGCUUUGUCAGUCGCUCCGGCCUCCCGUCGCUUCUUCCACAACUACUUUGUCACACACAUCCCUUCCUCGUCCCUCCACCCGGACUCUCGCCGCUUGACGGGCCCCCACCACAAGCUGCCGCGAGCUGCCUCAGUACCGCACACGCCUGAGCCCCCGGGCACCACUGCGCCACUGCCGGCCACGGCUGCCCCGACCACCAUCUCGACAGCGUCGCCCGGUGACGGUGUUGCUGGCGGCAGCAGCAGCCUCGGCUUUGGUCGCGACAUGACCGUCGUGCGCAUCCCGUUGCGCAGUGCCAAACACCACUUUGGCGCGUCCAACGCCCGGGGCAGCCGGCCCUACAACGAAGACACGAACCAGGCGGGCACGAUCGACAUGCCUGCGUUUGCCAAGCGCGCUCCGGUCUCGCUCGUGCGCUCGGCCAUCUCCAACAGCCGCAGCACGGGCGAAGGGAUCACGGCCGAUGGUGUUGGCGGCGACCCACAAAUCUUCUAUUUUGCCGUGUUCGAUGGCCAUGGCGGCAAUGAGUGCUCGGAUUUCUUGCGCGACGAGCUGCACGGCUACAUUGAGGAGGCUGCUGUGGACUUUGGUCUCACAAGUACCCUUCGACGGAAAGCGCGACACGGGGCAGCUGCCGGGGCGCAAAGUUCUGUGGUAGAAAAGGAGUCCGACGAUGAAUCUGUCAGCAGCAGCAGCAGCAGCAGUGAGCAGCAGCCAGAUGAGGACAAUGCCACAAAGGCGACCAACCUGCAGCGGGAGCUUCUUCAGGAGUACCGCAGCACAGUAGGAGGUUACUUCCGGCGCUUCAAGCCAGCAUGCUUUGCCGACGGCAUCUCGCUGCCUUCGUCACGGGCGGCAUCGGCCUCUUCCGCGUCGGCACCCAUGUCGUCCUCGCCAACGCAACCGGUCACCAUCGAGUCCGUCUUGACGUAUGCCUUUUUACGGGCCGACCUCGACUUUGUCUCCGCCCAAGCGAGCAAACCCGACCCCGACGACCCCUACGUAUCCGAUUUUCCGCUCAACCAGGACGAAAUCCUAGGCGCGCCGCAUCACCGCACACCCUCGGGUCACGACAUUGGCGGCCCCGUGCGCUUCAAGGGCGGCUCGACGGCGUCUGUUGCUCUCAUAUCCACGCCCACGCCCGCGCCCUUCUGGCACCCGGCCGCUCGCUCGACACUCAUGGUCGCCCACGUCGGUGACACGCGCGUCCUGUUGUGCGAGACAGCCACCGGCGAGGUCCGGCCGCUCACGCGUGACCACCACCCGUCGUCACCUGUCGAGGCCCGCCGCCUGACCCGCUUUGCCGAGUCGCUCGUGACGGACUCCUUUGGCGAGGAGCGCAUUUCCGGGCUGGCCAACAGCCGCGCGUUCGGCGACAUGCAGUCCAAGCGCAUUGGCGUGUCGGCAGAGCCCGAGAUGGAGCGCGUGGACCUGGGCCCAGCGCAGUUUUCGUUCCUAGUACUCGUCUCGGACGGCGUGUCGGGCACGCUCAGCGACCAGGAGAUUGUCGACGUCGUCAAGGAGGCACGCACGCCCGAGCAGGCCGCGCGCGCGGUGGUCGAGUACGCGACCGAAGUGUCGCAGGACGGCGACAAUGCGACCUGCUUGGUAGUGCGCCUGGGCGGCUGGGAGCGGCGCAGUGAGGGUGGCUUGGGCUCGAUGGGCACCAAGGAACUCCGGGAUGCGCGACGCUCCGAGGCGAACGACCCGAGACGUGGACGAAUGUAA